CGGUUUAUAGUUUGUGCUUCAUGACGGACAUGAUCAACUGGCACAUGGUGCCUCAUGGUAGAUCACGCUUAGCUACGUUGAGCCGUAUCUCUGAAGUUAGGCAAAGGAAGGUCCUUUAAGUGGUACCCUAGCUGUGCGAUUCGGCCACCGGCCCGUGGUGAUGGUGGGUAGUAUCCUCGCAACCGUUGGUAUGGCAAUGAGCGCCUUUGCUGUCAAUAUCUACCAUCUUUAUUUUAGCUUUGGAAUCCUCACAGGUUUAGGCGUUGGGAUGAGCAUGAUUCCCGCGCUAGCCAUGGUGGCCUUAUACUUCGACAAGCGGCUCUCCCUCGCUGUAGGAAUAGCUCUGUCAGGCGGCGGCCUAUCCUACAUCGUUUUCCCGAUGGUCUCAGCAGCCUGCAUCCGUUUCUACACAUGGAGAGGAACCAUGUUCAUUCUCGCAGCAUUCUGGGCGCAGGGUUGCAUGUGUGGAGCUUUAUUGCGCCCCCUCGAAUCUCGAACUACCAUCAAAGAUGGCGCCCGGAAAAAACAAGUGCCGCGACCAUUUAUGUGUGACAUUGGUCUCCUACGGACUUGGCAAUUCUGGUUCUACUUGUUGGAGGAAUAUCUAUGGCAUAUUGACUUCAUGAAUUUUGUCGUGAUUCUGCCAGAUUUUGUCGUCUUAAGCGGCCAUACGAAAGAAAAAGCAGCAAUACUCUUGACGAUAAUUGGUGUGUUUGUCAUCCCAUCUCGUCUGCUGGGCGGGCUGUUCCUUGACCGCGUGAGUGUCAGUCCAAUCUUGCUGCUCGUGUUCGGAAUCGUUACGCUGGGGACCACGAGCCUUACGCUGCCAUUCAUCAAGGCGUCCUUCAUCGGGAUGGCCGUGGUCUGUUCGUUCAGGGGCAUCCUCCACGGCGUCCUCGUUGUCUUCCUCCCAAAGGGCCUGGUGGUACUCUUCAGCCGAGAUAAACUCACCAUCAUGAUAGGAUACGUCACACUAUUUACAAUGUUUGGACAACUUACUGCACCGCCGUUAGGAGUUACGUACGGCAGCACUUUAAAAUCCGCCGCAGGUAUACAGAACGCAAUGCAACCAUCAGCCUACCCGAAACGUGCAAGCCAAGCGAAAGACCGCCUAGCAACACCGGCAGAAAUCAUUAUAUGA